AUGGAAUAUCUGUCAAGGGUUCUUGGUAAGAUGAGUGAACUCCCUGACUUCAGAUAUCACCCCAUGUGUAAGGAAACAAAGUUAACUCACUUAGUAUUUGCAGACGAUUUAAUGAUUUUCUGCAAAGAAAAUCUGAAAUCCAUAGCUAGAGUGAUGGAGGCAUUACAGCAUUUCAGUGAUGCCACAGGGUUGGAAGCAAACAUAGACAAAUCUAGCAUGUUUGUAGCAGGGGUUGAUGAGGAGACAAGGCAGAAUAUGCUGAAGAUUACUGGGUUCACGUUAGGGACCUUUCCUAUAAGGUACCUAGGCCUUCCUCUUACAUCAAGGAAGUGGAAUAAGAUGGAUUGCAAGCAACUAGUUGAUAAGAUCACAAGCAAAAUCACAGCUUACACAAGGCAACUAUCAUAUGCUGGGAGAUUGCAAAUAAUAAUGGUUGUUCUAUUCUCUAUAUACAACUUCUGGAGUGCUGUGUUUAUUCUUCCUCAAAGUGUGGUAAAGCUUGUGGACAAGAAAUGCAGAGACUUCUUGUGGGGUGCCACUGAAGACAAAAGAAAGGUUAACCUAGUAGCUGGAUAG